UAAAACAUUAGAAACCCAUCAAUACGGACGGAAAGGACUCACGUCUACACUUGUUUUCCGUAUUUUCACGUGUUCUAUACCAAUUCUAUUUACUACUACUUCAACAAGAUCAUUCCACGUAUGAUAAUACAAUAUCUCUAAUUCGCAUCAUAUCAGAUCUCCACAGACAUCUCAUCCCAAUAUAUUUAAUCUGAAUCAAUGAAUUUCUCCAUCUACGACUUGGACGAGAACAUCAAAAAGCUCCUCAACUUGGACAACUUCCUCAAUGGAAUCACAGUGAACGACUUCAUCGAGGAGAUCUCGAAAGACCAUUUUCUCAAGGAAGCCGAGGUCAACAAGUUGGGCUACUUGGACCCAAAGCCAUAUAUCCGGACAUUUGAGUCGACUUUGCGGGAAUUGAAACAGCUUAAUCUGCAAUCGUCUGAACAGACUCAGAUGAGUGAGAGACACGUAGACAACUAUGAGCUUAAACAUAGUGAAAACGUGCUUCAGUUGAGUUCCAAUAUCGACAGAUCAGUCAAGAAGUUCGAUGUUCUUGACGCUAAGAUUUCAGAAGUCACCAAUAGGAUUAACCCGUUGGGCCAUUCACUUAACAAGAUCACAAAUUCCAGGGACCGAUCGCUAGAAACGAUUUUCUUAAUCCGUGCCUACCAUGGCUUUUAUACCAAGGAGAAGUUCGACGCCUUAGAAACUUUGAGGACGUCCUCAAAAUAUGAUGACAAGACAAAAUGUGCCAAAACCGUGGCUAAUUUGCUUACAUUAGCCAAAAAAAUUGAAAGUCCAGACUUGCCCAAGACGACAAAAUGUCUUCAGGUCAUCGAAAAGUACAGUGAAGUGAUGGAAAGAAACUUGUUGAACAAGUUCGAAGUAGCGUCGGAAGAAGGGCACUUUGACAUCAUGAGAGAAAUCGCUAAGAUACUCUUUGAGUUCAAUGGCGGUGCUAAUGUAGUUCAAACUUUUGUAAGUAAAAAUGAUAUCACUUUGGAUCCAGCCCAGGACGAAGAGGGCUCGAUUCUUGACGAAGAAUCCACAUGGCAGAAGUUGUCAGAUCCAAAUUUCGGUGAAGUCAUCAAGGACAAAUCGACAGAAAACAUCUUGGACACCCUACGCUUCGAAAUCAAGUCGAGAGCCAGAGUUAUCCAGCAGGUGUUUGAAGAUCCUGUGCCAGUUUUGAAAAUUUUCAUACAAAGAGUUUAUGCUCAAAUCGUUCAAAACAAGGUUAAUACUUUGUUGCAGUUCUCCUUGUCUGUCAGUACUUUGGCACACGUCCGAGUCUUGCAUGUUCUCUAUAUUUUGGUAGGGGACUUCACCAAGGACGUCAAGGAAUUCUUGACAAUGAACGAGUUUGACAAGGAGAAUGAAUUGAAUUCAAUUUUGGACCAAUCUUUCUACGACAUCUUCAUCGAAUACACCUCGGAGACUGUUUACUUUUCUCGGGAGAAGAAGAACUUAGAAGAAAUCGUCUACGAUAUUGUCCAUAAGUUCAACACUUAUAACGAAGCCGAAUUAUCAAGCCAGGCCCUUGCAACAAAAAUAGAAAACCUCGAUAACUUCGAAUACAAUCAAAAGUCAACUGAACACGCUAGUAACGAUAGAUUCAGUUUCCAUUUCUCGGAGAGAAAGAGACUCAACCAGUUCAAAGCAUAUGUGAAAUCCAAAUUAACUGAUAAGCCAAGAAAUUCAGUCAGCGAAAGAAACGAUUUGGAGGCUGAACUAUACAAGAAUAUCAGUAUCACCAAGGUUGAAACAGUUUUGAAAUCUGCCAUAGAGUCUGUUGCUAGAAUUUUGGAAUUGACUCCGACCAAGGCUCCUGAGUUGGCACUCGAGAUCUUGGAAAUCAUCCUCUUCGACUUUGGAAAACUUUACAUAGGCGGCGGCUUAGAAGUAGCAUAUGACCAUCUCAAACAGGAGAAUGUAAGUUCCAAGAUCAACUCCAACCAAGAAUUCAAUUUCGAUUACCUCUACACAUUCAGUCUUGUUAGUGAAAUCCUUUUCCUAGUGUCUUCCACCAUCAAGAAGAUCAUAUUGCCCUGUGCAGUCAAUUUUCCCAACAUCAAGAAUAGAAUGAUCAAUUUAACCAACAGUUACGUUUCUAGAUGUGAAGUGUCUUUGAAUAUCCUUUUGCAAGAGACAUUAGACUUGAUAGCCGGCAGACUUGCUUUCUGUUUAACAAAGCAAAAGAAGAAAGAUUUCUUCUGUGACAACAUUGAAGAUGACACAGAAGCGUGUGAACUGAUCAGUGAAUUUUUGAAUGUUGUCUAUUCUACCUUCAUAGGCACUUUGAACAAUGACAACUUGGAGAAUGUUUUGGUGAAGGUGGGUAUGAAUCUCUUGAACCAAUUGUUGGAGCAUUAUAAGAAGUUCACUGUCAACUCAAUUGGAGGUAUUGUUCUCACGAAAGAUGUGAUUCGUUACCAAACUUGUAUAGAUGAGUGGGACAUCCCUGAAUUGACGGAAAACUUCCAGUUGUUGAAGGAAAUUGGAAACCUCUUCACGGUGCAAGCCAAACUUAUCAACUCGUUGGUUACCGAAGGUCAAUUGGCCAAUCUUAAGCCAUAUACUAUUAGACAAUAUGUGGCGAAGAGAGCGGACUUCAACCCAAGCUAUAUAGAAAGGUUCUUCAAUCUUAAACAUUGACGAUUAAAUUAUCUUUUAUAAGUAUGGAUGCAUUAUAUAGAAGUAUAGUACAUUUCUAUUAAUAUGAGUGGAACGAUUGCAGUAAGAGCCAAGUGCAAUGCGAAGGAAGAAAACUCUUUUCCUCGAAUGGACUCAUUGGCCAGAGCCAGAAGAUGUCGUUUUUCAGCUGUGGGAAGGUAGCUAUCGUAUGUGGCGAUCUUCUUCUUAUAGAUGGAGAGAAUAACUUGACCCUCCUUUUUGAAUAUAUACUUGAGCAGCAAAUACGUUGUGAGGAUGGCAAAUACUAAUCCGUGAAAUUUUAAUGCAAGGAAGGGUCGAGGCAUGUAGCACAUCUGAGUAUUGAAAGAAGAUUUGCUUUCAAGUUCCAAAUCUGAACGUGCAUCUUGAGGGUUGUAGAGUGACAAUAACUGAAUAGCAGGGUACUUAAUGCCAGCGCUCAUGGCAGCAGACUUGACCGUUAUAUCCCUAACCGUAGUCGGAACCAAAGUCUGGUCAUCUUUUCCUAUGCUCUGGAAUGUAAUUCUUACGUCACAGUAAUCGUGAUCGUCUCCAGCAAAAGCUACAACUGGUCGCACUAUCGAUAAUAGUUCAUUUGUAGGCUCCCUUUCUAACACAGUCUGGUACUGUUUUCCCUUCGCAAUAGGGAAUGGUUUCUGGUUCUCUCUGAGAGGUCCACAGGGUUGCAUGUUGGGAUCUCUAUACAUCGGAACAUGCAGAAGCAUUAUCCUUGGAUAAUUAGGAUUGAGAUGCAGAUUCAACUCGGAUAGAAACUGAAGCGGUUCCUUUCUUACUUCGGGGUCUACAGACGAAUACGAGAUAGUAUCUACUAGAACCAAUGAAUGGUUUCCCAUCUCGAUUACCUGAUUGAGUUCACCGUUGUACAUGGAAAAUCUUUGCAAGACAUGCAUGUCUAUAUCUUCAAAUCCUAUAUCGUGAUUCCCUGGAAUGGAUGAGAUCGUUCGGCGAUUGACCUUAGAGGGAAAGAUCUUGGUAAAACGCUGAUAUUCUUUGAACCACUCAAUAUCCUUCCAUUCUCGGCCACCGUCAAACAAGUCUCCUAGGAAGACGGUUGUGUCUGGAUCGAGCACAUGUUGAAUAUACUGGUAGUUUCUAUGGAGGUAAUUGUCGGUUACUUUUCUAACGAAAAAGUCGACAAUAGCUGGGCGACCACGGUAUGACGAUGCGUCGAUAAUUUGAGGAUCGGCCACCAACGCAAUUCGAUGCGGUUGUGCUUGUUUGUCCCAAUUCUCCCAUUUGUUCCAGCUACACAGGGAGAUUACACUGUGGACGUAGAUCCUUUCCCAGAAUUGAAUGGAUAUGAGCCAAACGAGCAGCAUAAUGAAGAAGUAACGCAAAUCGAUAUUUCGAGCAACUCUCUUAAGCAGCUCCCAAUUCUGCUUUGAUAGUAGAGGUUUCAAGUUCAACUUGAGAUUUUUCACAGUGCCAAACGAGGCAGAAGGUUUCCAUUUUGACGAGGGAAUCGACCAGGAGUCUGACUCUUUUACAGAGUCAUCGCCUAGAAGCCCACCGUUACUACGUCGGUCUUUUCUUCUGUAACUCAUUUCACA